GAAGACAGACAUUUUGACAAAUAGUUGGGUUUUUUUGUGCCUUACACAGACAAAAGAAGUUGGUUUACUUGAUGCAGACAUAUAUGGACCUUCAAUUCCUAAGAUGAUGAACUUAAAAGGAAACCCAGAAUUAACACCAAAAAAUCUAAUGAGGCCCCUUAAGAACUAUGGAAUCGCAUGCAUGUCUAUGGGUUUCUUGAUAGAAGAGACUGCCCCGGUUGUGUGGAGAGGGCUCAUGGUAAUGUCAGCUGUUGAGAAGUUGUUGAGACAGGUUGACUGGGGUCAACUGGAUUAUUUAGUAAUUGACAUGCCACCUGGGACUGGAGAUGUACAGCUGUCAGUCUCACAGAAUAUUCCGAUUGCAGGAGCUGUGAUCAUCUCCACUCCGCAAGACGUGGCUUUAUUGGAUGCACGCAAAGGAGCUGAAAUGUUUAGAAAAGUCCAUGUACCUGUUUUAGGACUGGUUCAAAACAUGAGUGUUUUCCAGUGUCCCAAAUGUAAGCAUGAGACACACAUUUUUGGAGCUGAUGGUGUAAGAGAUCUAGCAAAAACCCUUGGAUUGGAUAUUUUAG